CAAGCGGACAGAUCGGAUGUUGUAGACACGGAGCGCAUACCAAAAAUGGGAUCAUGAAAGAGAAAUGGAAGUCUAUAUAAUUGCCCAAAUGGUUGGCCUACCAAGCUAUCAUGCGGAACGUUGAGGCGCGACUCUCAAGCGAUCAUGAAGACCUCCUCUCUCCUUUGGCUUGCUCUUUCGUGGGUGGCUCAUGCGGUGCCUGCCCCGCGCGCCGCAGCGCCUACUGUGACCAUCGCCAGCCCAGCUGCCACAGUUAUUGGGAAAGCUGGCGAUGUCGAAGUCUUCAAUAACAUUCCCUUUGCGCAGGCGCCCACCGGCUCGCUGCGUCUGAAGCCGCCGCAGCCGAUUCAGACGUCGCUCGGAACGAUCAAAGCCACCGGAAAUUCCCAGUCAUGCCCGCAAUUCUACUUCUCCACCAGCGAUUUUCCAGCCUCAGUGCUGGGAAUCCUGGCUAAUAACCCACUGGUGCAAGUUGCCACCAACGCCGGUGAAGACUGCCUCAAUAUCGAUAUCCGUCGUCCGGCAGGCACAACAGCUGACUCGAAGCUGCCGGUGCUCGUUUGGAUUUUUGGCGGUGGAUUCGAGCUGGGAUCGAAAUCGAUGUAUGACGGCACGUCGUUGGUGUCCUCUUCCAUUGAUCUGAACUUGCCCGUCAUCUUCGUUGCGAUGAACUACCGUGUGGGUGGAUUCGGGUUCCUGCCUGGCAAGGAGAUCAAGGAAGAUGGGUCUUCUAACCUUGGGCUGCUGGACCAACGGUUGGCUUUGGAAUGGGUGGCGGAUAACAUUGCCGCCUUUGGAGGCGAUCCUGAAAAGGUGACCAUUUGGGGUGAAUCGGCGGGAGCGAUCUCUGUUUUCGAUCAGAUGGUGCUCUAUGACGGCGACAACACCUACAAGGGCAAACCCCUGUUCCGAGGCGGUAUCAUGGAUUCGGGGAGUGUCGUGCCUGCCGAUCCGGUCGACGGGGUCAAGGGCCAGGCUGUCUAUGAUACCGUCGUCUCCAACGCCAAAUGUUCUUCCUCCAAGGACACGUUGGCCUGUCUCCGGGACUUGCCGUACGAGACGUUCCUCAACGCCGUCAACUCCGUCCCUGGUAUCCUGAGCUACAGCUCCAUCGCCCUAUCAUACGUCCCACGACCAGACGGGAAGGUACUCAGCGCGUCCCCGGACAUUCUCGGUAAGGCCGGCAAAUUCGCGCAGGUGCCCUUCAUCGUGGGCGACCAAGAAGACGAGGGUACGCUGUUCGCCCUCUUCCAGGGCAACAUCACCACCACCGACGAGCUAAUCAAGUACCUGGGUGACUACUUCUUCUACGACGCCAGCCAGGCGCAACUCGAAGAGCUUGUCGCUCUCUACCCGGACACCACGACCUACGGCUCCCCGUUCCGCACAGGCAGCGGCAACAACCUGUAUCCGCAGUUCAAGCGGCUCGCUGCCAUCCUCGGCGACUUAACUUUCACCAUCACGCGCCGGGCCUUCCUGGCCUACGCCGAGCAGGUUGCGCCCACGGUGAAAACCUGGUCCUACCUGUCCAGCUACGACUACGGCACCCCGAUCCUGGGGACUUUCCACGGCAGCGACCUGCUGCAGGUGUUUUACGGGCUGUGGCCUAACUACGCGGCCAAGUCCACCCACACAUACUACUUCAGCUUCGUGCACGAUCUCGACCCGAAUGCCCACCGCGGCAGCUAUCCCGAGUGGCCUGAGUGGAAGGAGAACCAGCAGCUGAUGAAUUUCCAGGCAAAUUCGGCGGCACUGCUCGCGGAUGACUUCCGCAAUGGAACGUACGAGUUCAUCGUGAAUAACGUGGACGCUUUCCAUAUCUAGGAGUGUUGCGGAAAGUGAUAUAUGUAUCGCAUUUCGGAGAUAUAGCAUGUAAUUCGCAGUUGGAAUAAGAUGUCUUGAUGAUGAGAAGCUGAUAUUGAGAAAUAUAUCCCUGGUCGAAAGAACGUAUGCACUUGAAUUAGCCCACGAUCCAUGCAGCGUAAGCCUGACCCGCGCAUCCGCGAAGUCGAUGCAAUCUAAGAGCAAUAUUCCAGGCCCUUGCACGCUUCAAUAGAAAAAUUGUCUCUCUCGAUGAUCACCCCCUACGCGGGC